AGUGCACGCCAUCUCACGGGCACGCCUUCCUCGCUACUUGUAGCCCUUCUGGCGCUGUCUGUGGCUCUCCGCGACCGCCUCCUGCCAGAAAAACAUCCCCGUGGGCACCUCGUCCCGCUCGUCCUUCCCCGCAUCAAUCCUUCUCCCGCAAUCCAACAUGGCGUGGCAGCCGCAAGAGGAGCCCCUGAGGCAGCUGGCCCAGUAUCUGAAGGACUCGUUGAGUGGGCACGACCAUGCCCUGCAGAAGAAUGCCGAAAUUAUGCUCAAGCAAGCAAAGGCCUCGCCUGACAUCGACAAGUAUCUUGCCUAUGUCUUCUCAAAUAGCCAGCCUCCUCCCGUGGUCAACAUGGACCCCGAAGGAUACCAGCUAGCGAGGGCUUCCGCAGCCAUCAUGCUCAAAAAUGACAUUAAAGCUUCAUUCAAAACCAUGCCUGACUCAGACAUAUCCUAUAUCAGAUCCAUAAUUCUUGUUGGGCUCCAGGAUCCAAGCUCCCAGAUUCGGAACUAUGCAGGGAACGUCAUCACCGAGCUCGUGCGACAAGGCGGCAUCAUGAACUGGCCCCAGGUCUUCUCCGAGCUCAUCGCCCUUAUCAGCAAUGCGAAUGGGAAUGUGCCACCCCAAACCCAGCAAGGUGCUAUGGGUGCCUUGCUGAAGAUCUGCGAAGACAAUAAGCGUGCCCUGGACAAAGACCACAACGGCCAGCGACCGUUGAGCUUUAUAUUCCCCAAGCUCCUCGAGUUUACCGCAAGCCCCAUUGCCAAGGUGCGCUCUGAUGCACUUGCCAGCAUCAAUCUCUUCAUUCCAGAAUCUCCCCCGGCAGUCUCGUCGAACCUGGAUGCCUUGCUGCAGCAACUCUUCCGGCUCGCUGGAGACCCGAGCGAUGAUGUCCGGAAACACGUCUGCCGCUCCUUUGUUCAUAUCACCGACGUCGCUCCCCCAAAAAUCGUACCUCACAUGGCCGGUUUGGUGGACUACAUGGUAACACAGCAGCGCAACACUGAUAAUGCCGAACUUGCUCUUGACGCGGCCGAGUUCUGGUUAUGCGUUGGCGAAGACGAGAAGAUGCGAGAGUGCCUCGGGCCGUACCUUCCGAAAGUCGUACCUGUCUUGCUGGAGAGCAUGGUCUACAGCGAAGACGACAUAUUCAGGUUAGAAGGAGAGAAAGAGGACGCGGAGUUGGAGGACCGAGAGGAAGACAUUAAGCCGGCGUUUGCCACAAGCAAAGCCGGACGGCUCACCACUAACACAAACGGGGAGAAUAAUUUGAGCGGCAAUGGUGCAGCUGGGUCCUCUAGAGGUGGGUACGAAGAGGAUGAUCUGAGCGAUGGAGAAAUCGACGACUUUGAAGACGACGAUUCUAUUGACAACCCCGAAGAACAAUGGAAUUUGCGGAAAUGUUCAGCAGCAGCGCUCGAUGUGCUGGCGUCGGUCUUCCAUGGGCCAGUAUUUACCGUAACCCUACCGUACCUGGAGGAGAAUCUCAGCCAUGCGGAAUGGCCCAAGAGAGAAGCAGCUGUUCUCGCUCUUGGUGCCAUUGCCGAUGGAUGUAUGGCUGAAGUAGAGCCUCACCUCCCGAUGCUCACCAGGUACCUCAUCACGCUUCUCCAGGACCCUGAACCUGUUGUACGCCAAAUCACGUGUUGGUCCCUUGGCCGGUACUCUGGAUGGGCCUCACACCUGGAUGCAGCAGGCAAACAGGAGCAUUUUGUGCCUAUGAUGGAUGGCAUCCUGAAGCGAAUGCUUGACAACAACAAGCGUGUCCAAGAGGCGGCAGCCUCCGCUUUCGCAAACCUGGAGGAGAAAGCCAAUACCGAACUCAAGGCAUACUGCCCUGUUAUCGUGCGCCAAUUCGUUGAGUGCUUCAUAAAAUACAAAGAUCGGAACAUGUUCAUUCUAUACGACUGCGUUCAGACGCUUGCCGAGCAUGUUGGGUCAGCACUUCAGAGACAAGAUUUAGUGCAGAUCCUUAUGCCCGCCCUUAUUGCACGCUGGAACAAGGUCGCAAAUGAAUCAAGGGAAAUGUUUCCCUUGCUUGAAUGCCUGUCCUAUGUCGCCACCGCCCUCGGCCAAUUCUUCAGCCAGUAUGCGCAGGCUAUUUUCCUAAGAUGUAUAUCCAUCAUUCACGGAAACCUGGAGGCUUCUCAGCUCGCGCGAAAUGAUAGUACCGUGGAAACCCCUGACAAAGACUUCUUGGUUACCAGCCUUGAUCUACUCAGUGCGAUUAUCCAAGCUCUCGAUAUGAGGGAAAGUGCUGCCUUAGUUGCAAGCCCGCAGUACAAGUUUUUCCCCUUGCUACAAUUCUGCAUGCUAGACGUCAACAACGACGUACGACAAUCUGCAUACGCCCUUCUUGGAGACUGUGCCAUUUAUGUCUUCGAUCAACUAGGCCCGAAUCUCCCGGGAAUCCUGGAGGUGCUAAUCAAGCAGCUAGAGCUCAACCAAGUACUUCUCGAUGGUGAAGAGACGGGCUAUUCCGUUAUCAACAACGCCUGCUGGUCUGUGGGGGAGAUCGCGAUGAGGCACGGGGAAGGCAUGCAACCCUACGUGGAGAGGUUGCUCCAGAAACUGGCAACGAUUCUCUUCGAUGAACGGGUACCGGAAUCCCUGAACGAAAACGCAGCUAUCGCUCUUGGGAGACUUGGGAUGGGUUGUGCUCAAUAUCUUGCACCUCAUCUCGCCCAAAUCGCUCCUCCGUUCUUGAAAGCAAUGAAAAACGUGAUGUGGACCGACGAAAAGGGGCAUGCUCUUACUGGGUUUAUGCAGGUUAUCCUCGCAAACCCAUCGGCGAUGGAGGAAAGUCUCCUGGAAUUCUUCAACGAGAUGUCUCAGGCAGACCGGAACCUUGUGACGGGACCCGACGAACAAAAAUUCCGCCCGACGUUUCAGCUAGUUAUCCAGCAGUACAAGAGCAUGAUCGGCGACAACUUCGAACCCUUUCUUCAGAAUCUACCGCCUCAGCAUCUGGCAAAUUUCCGCGAUCUGUACGGUGUCUGAACACGUUUCUAUUCUUUCGCUUGGAGUGGCAGGCGUUGGGUUUGCCGGUGGCUAUGGCUACCAUGCGAUGAAAUGAGGGACGGGUAUAUGAGUCUUCGGUCCCCGGUUAAGGUAACGGGAACUUGUUAGUGAGGGUGCGCAACUGAGCAUGUAGGGUGAGGGCAGGUUUCUGGCAUCUAUAGACAUUUCAGCGAGUCACAUUCGGC